CCCCACUCCGUCAACCGCGGCUGACACCCAUCCCCCGGCUCACUACCACCUCCGAACCACUUUUGCCGUGUCGCACGCCGCCCCCGCAUGUCACCGCAAGGCGACAUGCCGUCGCAUCUUGGCGAGCCCCCAGACGGGCGUGGCCGAUCUGCGCCGGCCGGUGCCGGUGCCGGCGCCACGAUCGCCAGCACCUCAGGGGCUGGCGCCAGCAGUCCCCGGCCGCUGCUGAGCAGCUUGGAUCCGCACGCGACCGUGCGGAACCGCGCAGACGAGGUCGUCAGCGACGGGUCGUCCGCCGCUGCUGCUGCCUCGGCGUAUCGCAGUACCACCAAGCGUGUGAGCAUCAAGCUCCCGGACCAGAGGCCUCUUGCAGCGACAACGCCGUCCCCGACACUCGGUGGGGGGAGCCCCCCCACACGAGGGGCACGUACCUUCGUCUUCCCGAUGCGCUCAGUCUUCCGCGGGCGCAGGUCACGCGCGCAGGAGAGUGAUAGCGACCCCAUGACGAGCGGCGCCGAGGGCUCGCGGUGGGGCACCACCGGCGGCACAGUCGUGAGUGAUAGCGCGCGCAGUGCGCGGAGUGGACGGAGUGGGCGCUCGGCACGCUCGUCGACAAACUCGUCACACCCUGCCCGCGACGAGCCCCGCGUCCGCAUCGUGCCCGGCCUCGUGGAUCCAACACGUACUGACACAUCGACUUUUUCCACCAUUCACUCAAUGCUCGGCCUCACCUCGAAGCCCGCGCCAAUUGGCGGAGGGUUGACCACGCUCACCCCGUUUGAUGACGGGGCGAGCUCCUAUCUCUUGCCGCUGCCCCAGACCCCGGUUAUCCCCUUGUCAGCCGUGCCCCGUUCGCAAACCCCGUCGGGGUCGACACUGUCUUCCGACGCGGCGCAAGACGCGGUCGCCGAGACGCCUCGCCUGGCAACGUCGGCAGCAGGCAGGGAAGAUUACCUGACUCGGCCCCCUGGGACAGCUUCGGAUGGCGGCACGGAGCAAGCGGGCUCCAACUCGGAAGUGGCGCUCACGAUUGACGCGCCGACACCCACGCUCCCCAUCUACCCGGCGCCGCAGAGCGUUGGGAGCUCGAUUGCGCACGUCAUGGCCUCGACAGCGGGCACAGGCGUUACAGGCUCGAGCGACUCGCCCGUGUCCGCUCAGGUGACAAACCCUGAGCCGACUCCAACUGCGAUGGGGUCAGGCAGUGGCAGUGGGAGUCGCACAGCCGUUGCGGGCUCGCAGCUUACUGUCGACGCCGUCACCAGCGGCGGAGCGAUGCCAAGAACGAGGCAUUCGUCGGCGCGCGCAAUGCUCGGGGCCACGCGCAAAUCGGUCCAGAUGUUUGUCGACGAUCAGUCAAUGACGACAAACAUGCUUGACCCAAACGCCCCCACACCGCGCUCAGGCGCAUACGUCCCCGACGCGGCCGCCCUGCGACGCCUCGAGGGGAUGGACCGCGGCGUGCGCCAGGGCCUGCUCACGAGCGGCGCGUUCAAAGCCGACGAAGACGACCGCGACUGGGCGUUCUAUGAGCGGAGCACGACGAGCGUGAGCGUCCGCGAGAGCGCUCAAGGCUGCUCGGGGGACGAGGGCAGCAUCACUAAGGAGCCUAUAACCACGGUGCGAUAUGAGCACAUUGACACUGGCGACGGGCACCUCGUCCUCACUGGGAGAGAGGGGCGGAUACUGCGGUGCGAGGAUGAGCCGAUCCGCACACCAGGUACGGUACAGGGCUUUGGCGUGCUCAUGGUGCUCGAGGAGCGAGAGUCGGGACGGUUGGCGGUGCGCCAGGUUUCCGAGAACGCAACCGAACUGCUUGGCCUCUCUCCUCGCUAUCUCUUCCGGCUCGACUGCUUCACACGCAUCCUGACCCCCGACCAGGCGGAAAUCUUGCGUGACAACACCUGGUCGCUCGCCGACGCACCACCUUCAGUCUUCCUCCUCUCUGGGUUUGGCGAGCAGGGCUCGGACGAUACCCAAGGCGAGCUCUCGGGCUCGCAGUCAUACCGCCGUCGCGAGUGGACGUGCUGGGUCGCGGCGCACCGCCCCCGUGUGCAUACAUGGCGCAAGACCGACUCGAAAGGCCGCAAGUUGCCGCCUCCAGACCUCAUCAUUCUGGAAUUUGAGCUCGAGCACGACAAGUACAACCCCCUGAUGCCAGAGGAGAUCGGUAAACCAAAGGCUGCUGACUCGGGCGAGAGCGACCUCCCGAGCACGCUGAGUUCUGGGCUGCAAAACAACUCGGGCAAAGCGAGCUCGGGUGAACGCCGGGCUGGCAGCGUACGCUUCUCCGUCGGGGCCAACAGCUAUGACGACGAGGAGUACCAGCGCUGGGUGAACAGCACAACCAACUACGCCAAGCCGUUGCCCUCACUCGAGCGGAUGCGCCGUUCGGGCGGUAGCCGGCGUGGAAGCCACUCGCGCCAGCAGCAACAGCCGGCGCAGCCGACUCGAGGCGGCCGUUCCCGCGUCGGCAUGCUCGACGCGUUCGCCGUCCUCAACCAAAUCAGUCAGCAGAUGGGCGACGCCAAAGACCUUGAUGUUCUCUUCAAGAUCAUUGUCGGCGUGGUCCAGGACCUGACGAGCUACCACCGCGUCAUGCUGUACCGCUUUGACGAGGCGUACAAUGGCGAAGUGGUGGCCGAGCUCGUGGAUCCCACACGAGACGUUGAUCUGUACAACGGCCACUGGUUCCCGGCCACCGACAUCCCGCCACAGGCAAGAGCGCUGUACACCGUCAACAAGGUCCGCUUCCUGUACGACCGGAGCCAGACGACCGCGCGUAUGGUCCUCAAGGAACGGGCCGACCUUGCGUACCCGCUGGAUAUGACGCAAUGCUUUCUGCGUGCCCUCUCGCCCAUCCACCUGCAAUACCUCAAGAACAUGGGUGUCCAAGCGUCCCUAUCCAUCUCCGUCAUGGCGUUCGGCAAGCUCUGGGGACUGGUCUGCUGUCAGUCGGUCGGCGAGCAUGGCAUGCGUACGUCCUUCCCCAUCCGCCAGCUCCUUCGCGUGUUGUCCGACACGAUGUCGCUCAACAUUGAGCGGCUUACAUAUGCCGAGCGCCUCAGCGUGCGCCGACUGAUCACAUCGAUGCCGAACGACUCGCCAGUGCCUGGAUACAUCAUGUCGAACGCCGACGACCUGCUGUCGUACUUUGACGCUGACGCCGGCAUGCUCGUCAUCAACGACGGGUGUAAACUGCUCGGCAAGGUUGAGCACGCCCAUGCCAUGUUGGCGAUUGCAGAGUACCUCCGCAUUUCCAGGUUCCAGGGGAUCCGCGCCUCUAGCUGCAUCGAAGUCGACCACCCCGACCUCAUCCUCCCCGGCGCAACUGACAAGGGGUCGAUAUCGGGGCUACUGUAUGUCCCCCUUACGGCUCGCGCCGGCCAAGACUUCCUCGUCUUCUUCCGCAAGGGACAACUGCGCGAGGUGCGCUGGGCAGGCAACCCCUACAAGCCAGCAUAUGCAGACCCGAGCGCCCAGCUGCAACCGCGCAAGUCGUUCCAAUCGUGGGCUGAGAAGGUUCACGGCCGGGCCAGGCCGUGGAGCGACGACCAGGUCGAGUCAGCGGGCAUCUUGGCCCUCAUCUACGGCAAGUUUAUCCAGGUGUGGCGCGAGAGACAGAACGCCAUGGUCUCGAGUCAGCUCACGGCAAUUCUACUGUCCAACACGUCGCACGCGGUGCGUACACCGCUGUCACAGAUCAUCAACACGCUCGAGUUGGCUCUUGCUGGUAACAUUGACGACGAGACGCGCGCCAUGCUCGAAAACUCGCACCAGGCAUCACGCGCACUCAUGUUCCACGUCCACGACCUGCUCGACCUCACGAGAAUCGAACCAGGUAACGAGACUGGAUUCAACGACCCAUUCGACUUGAAGCAGACAAUGCAAGACACUGUGAGAUUGUACCGAACGGAAGCGAGCCGUCGUGGUCUCGAGUUCCGCGUCGAUAUGGGGGAUGGCCUCCCAACGAUGGUGAUUGGCGACGCCCGCAAGAUCAAGACGAUUGUGUCCAACCUCGUUGCGAACUCGGUCAAAUUCACCGACAAGGGGUACAUUGAAGUCGCGGCACGUCUGCAGCAGCCCAAGUCACGGCCACAGUCGAACCGCGCCCCAUCGCACCAAGGCUCGUCAAGACAAGAGUCGCGAGGGACGCACGAUGACAGCAGCGGCAGCGACCAGGGUGUGAGCGCCAGCGCUGACACCUGGUCGAAUGCGGACAGCACUCGCACCACCAAGGCCGUUACGCCGCCGGAUGGCUUUGUCGCGAUCGAAAUUAUCGUUAGCGAUUCCGGCUGCGGUAUUCCCCCCGAGCAGCUCGAGGCCAUGUUCGUGGCGCUCGAGGGCGCCGAGGACUGGGCCAACCCCGAAGGCGCUGGUCUUGGCCUCGGCCUUGCGGUCGUUGCGCGUAUCACAGAGCAGCUGCAGGGUCAGCUGUGCGUCGAGAGCGAGGUACAGGCGGGCACCCACUUCUUCCUUACCCUCAUCAUGGAAGUCUACACGGGCGACCUACCUACCCCUCAGGGUUCCGACCCGCCCGGUCUAAAUGACUUUGACAUCCCUGCUCUCGGUGCUGGCGAUCUGCUCAUGGGCGCGAGCACGCCGAACACCAUCCCGGCGACGGCGCCAGCGGCGACCACCCCUCUCCGGCCGGGCCCGGAGACGCCGCCUACUCCGCUGGGCACUGAGGCGGGCCCCUCGCCAUCGCACAUCAAUGCCCAGCGGCGGUUGACCCCCCGGAACCCGACCAACUUUGCCAAGCAUCUCCCGCUGCUCUCACCGGAUCUCAUGAAGCAAGGCCAGCAGACAAUGGGAACACUGCCCAAGCCCAGCCCACCCGACUCGCCUGGCACAGUGCACGUCACUGAGCGACGCCUCUCGGUCGGCGCAGCUUCGUUCAUCAUGCGGUCGUCUGAUCGUUCACCGGCUGUGAGCGGCGGGCCGCAGGGGAACUACUUUGAUCGCCGUGUAAGCUCGUCGUCUCCUCCAACAAGCGCCCGCAAGCACCGAUUUGCUUCGUCGCCGCAGGUUUCGCCGUCCCUUGAGGGCCUGCCACCGGCCAUGGUAUAUCCCAAGGUCUUCUCGAGAACAAAUUCCGGCUCUUCGACUGGGUCUAUUCCGGGCAGCAAGCGACUGUCAAAGUCGAGCCUAGGAACCGCCGUCAGUGUGCCACCACCACCACCGACCAGGUCCAAGCGGGGGCCGAAGGGCAACCAGCAGCUGCGAGUCCUCGUCGUCGAGGACGACCUUAUCAAUUCGCAGAUCCUGCAGCGGCGCCUGCGAAUGGACAAGCACACGGUCAUCGCUGUGGAGAACGGUCAGCAGGCGGUCGACGCACUGAGGGCCGACUGGGACAUUGACGCAGUGCUCAUGGACAUUCAAAUGCCCAUUAUGGACGGCAAGACGGCUGCUUCGGAGAUCCGAAAGCAGGAGGCUAAGCUGCCUCCCGGCCGCACGCAGGGUAUCAACCCCUUGUUAGUCGACGGGCGUAUCCCGAUCUUUGCCGUGAGCGCAAGCCUGUACGAGGAAGACCGAGCCGGGCUGGCGCGCAACUUUGACGGGUGGCUCCUCAAGCCUCUUGAAUUUGGCCGCGUCCGCAAGCUCCUCUCGGCGCUCGAGGACACUGACAAGCGCCGCGACGAGGUCUACUCGCCUGGGAACUGGGAGCGCGGCGGCUACUUCCGCGGCCCCAGCCCCGAGGCGACGCCGAACGGGACACCAAUAGAGGCGAUGGAGAAGUUGAGCAUGGCGGCGGCGGCCACGAUGCUCGUCGCCGCCGCCACCUUCCGCCGCCCCGCCGCCCAGACAUUGACGCGCGCACUCGCCACCUCGGCGCGAUUGCGCGCCGGAGCGGCCGACACCAAGCCCCCGCCCCGCGUCGUCCUCGGCGUGCCUGUCAACCUGGUCACGGUCAACCGCAGCCCGGAGCGCGCGCGCUCCGUGCUCACCGAGGUCAUUGACCGCGUGCAGGACAAGUACACUAUCAAGUAUGGCGGCAACAUUGACACGAUCGAGGGAUUGCGCCCCUUCCUCAUCUCCAACAAGCACAAGCCGGGCAUCUUGUUCUGCGCGUCCAUGUGGUCCAAGGAGGAGCAGGACGAGAUCAUCGCCAUCGCGCACGAGAUGGUGCCCGGUAUCCGCACGCACGCGAUCCCCCCUGGCCUCUGGGACGCGUCGCUUGGCGGCCGCGAGAACGUGCUCAACUACAUCAUGGAGCAGAUUGACAACAUCAUGGCGUCGACCGACUAGGGAGCUGUGGGGCACACACAGCAAGGAAGAGAGUAAUGGGACAUGUAACGG